GAUGAUCUGAUGAUCUUGCGACUCGUUAAAGUUCGUCAAUGCGCCAAGAUACCCGCAAUUCGAAGGGACUUUCUAUGGCCCCAUAUUGAUGGGUUCGCCGUUCAUGCUGAUAAAAGAUGAGAAGGUUCAUGAGCCUGAGGGUCUGCAAUUCUUAGCAUACACAUUCGCGUCGAUGACUACACUCUGGAUCUAUGAUUUUGCUUGUUCAUUUCACGAAGAGUUGACGUUCCUACUUCGAUCGCGCUGGACCAAGGUUAAAGGCCUUUAUGUUAUUGCACGAUAUGUCCCCUUUCUCAUCCUUAUCACGUACCAGUUUUGUAUGUUCAACUCUAGUACACAUCUCACCGAUUAUGCGUUGACAUACUGCGCUUCAGUGUAUUCCACCCCGAAUGAAAAUCCCAAUAAAUGCCAUAUGGUGAAGAUCAUCUACUUCUUUUUAAGCGUCAUAUCGAUCGCUUGUUCCGAAUUCUUGUUUUUGCUCAGAACAUAUGUGCUCUGGAACAAGAAUGGAAUCGUACUCAUAGCCAUGUUGUUCAUCUUUUCUGUUGUGGCAGUUGCAUCGAUCGCCGUCGACGUUGUCACUGUUGAUGUCUCACAUGUUGCGACCAACAUGAUGCAGGGCACCCAAGGCUGCUACCGGACCUUAUCUGGUGUCCAAAUUUCCAUAACGUUUCUUCUCUUGUUUGGGUUUCAACUAGGACUCGCCCUCCUCACACUCAUACGUGCCGUACAGAGGUGGCGGGCGGUGAAUUACCCUCUGUACGACGUCCUGGUGAAGCAUAACAUAUUUUACUAUACAUGCGGUCUGCUCCUCUCAGCCAUUAACAUCCUAACGCAGACGUUGUUAUCGAAAACUGCAUACCCCCAUGUCUGCGAAGAUUUCCAAUUCUAUUUGCUCGCGAUCUUGGCCACGCGCAUGCACCUCUUUCUCUGGCAGACCGACCAGCAGACGCACGGCUCUGACACCCUCGUACAUAUUCCUAUGUCCGACGUGUCACCUGCAGACUCUAUGGUUACUACAGUGUGACGUCUCAUUGUAUGGUUUAUUCGGCGUCGUUCGUGGAGUGAAGCUUGGACUGAACGAGAUUAUCUAUGGGGGCUUGGUCGGGUCGAGACGCGCUUAAGUUAUAGGAUUGCAUUUUUUGUCGUACACAGGCGGGAGGUACAUUUGGAUGGACCCGUCUAUUUAUCAUCCAUGGGUGUCGAGUUUUACUGUGAGGAGCCAGAAGCACGGCAUGAUGGCAAUGUUAUGUAAUGAAGCGCCAUGACUUCAGCACAUCAAGACCCUAAAACCUCACCGGGACCCU